AUGCAAUUAGGUUUUCCUUAUUGCUAUAAUGUGAAGAUGCCAGAUAGUUAAGGGAAGCUUCAGCAGAAGAACUAAGGCAAAUCUUGUAGUUAGGGGAUUCAUCAAAUUUUAAAAAUGGUAAAAUACAAAAUGUCAUGAGAUUAGUUUUUUAACAUUUACAUAUAAUAUAGGAGAAAUGGGGGCUAAGAAAUGGCAUAGUAGAAAUUAAUCAUAUAUCAAUUAGAAUAAGAAUGGAUGGGCAUUAAGAAAUAUUUGGAAAAAUGAAAAAUAUUUCUAAAGAAGUUGGAAGGAGAGAAUUCUGA